AUGAAGCGCCGCUCGCCUCUGUCUUUGAUCUUGUUUCCUUCUCCGACACCACAGUCAUUGUCUCACGUCCGGAGAACAUCUGGUGCAUCUUCAGUGAUAGAGAUUAGAAGUAGACAACUAAAAGAUCUUCAAGUAAUAGUUUGCAUCAGCGACGUCGUCGCGGUUGAAGCUUUAUCCCGCUCUUUCGACGGUCUGCGGCGGAUUCAAGAACUUCUUCCCCUAUCGGAAUCAAAUAACAAUGUCGUCAUUCUUCCGCAAUUCCAUAUUCUUUUGCGUUCUUCAAGAUUCGUUGUUGAUGCGUUAUUCUUCUUGCAGAUGAAAAAUAAAGAUGGUGAGGAUGUUGCUACUACACUGACUGUUGUUGCAGUUGAUGUGAAUGGAGAGAGGACACUGAAGGUGACACGACGAAGAUGA